GAACCUAUUUUGUUUCUUUCUUCCCUUUCCUUUCCCUCGUUUUCUCCCCUUUCUCUCUCUUCCCGCUUUUUCUAUUCUCAGAUCUCAUCUUCUUCCUCUCCUCUCCUCAAUUCCCCUUCUUCUCAAUUCCUUCCAUUUCCUUUUUCUCUAAAUUCCUCUCCUUCAAUUUCCUCUGAAAACCCCCCUAAACCAUAGCCACAAGGGCUUCCAAUUCAAUUUGAUUGUUGAAUUGAAAAUCAAAACGAUUAAAAACUUUGGGAAUUUUGUCAGCUGGGGUUUGCUUCAAAAAGAAGAGUAGCAGAUCAUGCAGCAGCCACAUCAUCAACAGCGUGAGCUCCCAUUCACGUCGAGUAAACCGCCGCUUGGAGAUUACCACCGCUUCUCUACUGACCCACUUCAACAGCCUGAAGCCAUCCUUGUUAAGUCUACUCCACUGAAACGGAAGAGUGAAACAGCAAACUACAAACAGGGAGUUGGUGCACAGAUAACAGAUUCUGGAUAUGCUGACGUGAGUAGUCCAAUGCAGACACCAAUCUCAGGGAAAGUUGGAAAGGCACAGAAAGUUCCUAGGACAUCAAAGGCCAGAUCUGCUUCUCAAGCUGCUACCUCAAAUUUAGGAUCCCCUUCAGGAAAUAAUGCUACUCCAGUUGGUCCUUGCCGCUACGACAGCUCCUUGGGUCUCUUAACGAAGAAGUUCAUUAACCUGAUCAAACAUGCAGAAGAUGGCGUUCUAGAUCUAAACAAAGCUGCUGAUACAUUAGAGGUGCAGAAAAGGCGUAUAUAUGACAUCACAAAUGUCCUGGAAGGCAUUGGUCUGAUUGAGAAGAAACUCAAAAACAGGAUCCAGUGGAAGGGUUUAGAUGUCUCAAGACCAGGGGAAGUUGAUGAUAGUGUUACAAGUUUACAGGCAGAAGUAGAAAAUAUGACUAUUGAAGAACGUAGAUUAGAUGAACAGACAAGAGAAAUGCAAGAAAGGUUGACUGACCUGUGUGAAGAUGAAAACAAUCAAAGAUGGCUUCUCGUUACUGAAGAUGAUAUAAAGAGCUUACCUUGUCUUCAGAAUGAAACACUGAUAGCUAUUAAAGCUCCACAUGGCACCACUUUAGAAGUCCCAGAUCCUGAUGAGGCUGUUGAUUAUCCACAAAGGAGAUACAGAAUUGUGCUUCGCAGCACUAUGGGACCAAUUGACGUUUACCUUGUCAGUCAAUUCGAGGAAAAGUUUGAAGAGAUAAAUGCUGUCGAGGCACCAUCAGCCAUGCCUUCAACAUCAGAUUUCAAUGAGAAUGAAACUGCAACAUUGCCUACUGAGGAGGAGAGUGGAGGAGUUGAUGGCAGAAUAGACGAAAAAGAAAAUCAAAGUGUGUGCGCAGAUGUUGGUACUUCGCAGGACUUUGCAAGUGGAAUCAUGAAGAUUGUUUCAGAUGUUGAUAAUGAAGAAGAUUACUGGCUUUUGUCAGAUGCUGAUGUUAGCAUCACUGACAUCUGGAGGGCAGACUCUGUUCUUGACUGGAACGAGUUGAACGUAAUUCAUGAGGAUUAUUCAAUUGCUAACGUCAGUACUCCACGUGCCCAAACUCCCCCACCCAGUACCACUGAACUGCCUUCUGCAAAUACAACUGGGAGCUGAGGAGUAUUUUCCUGGCAUCAGUACUGUGGAUGCUCAGGCGAUGCUUGUUCUCGGUAUAAUAGAAGUUCUACAUUUGAUUAAAAUCCUCUGUAUAGAUUCUGAAUGACCUAAAGGAAACAGCAAGUGCAUCCGGGAGCUUUUCCCUAACUGCUCGAUCAGGAAGUUGGCAUUUGAGACCCAAGAAAUAGGCUUCAUUGUACAGUUAAUAUAUAUACUUGAAUUGUACUGGUAAUGGCAAUAAUCAGAUGGUUAAACUGCUGUCUAAAUUUCACUGUGUAUUAUCAAAUUUUUCUUAGCUUUGAAAUUCUUGAUAAGAAGGUUUAUUGUCAUAUAUUGAUGUUGAUCAACUUGGAAAAAUUUGAUUUA